AUGUUAAGAACUGCCAUCAAGACUUGCAAGCCUCGGAACGCAGUGUCGGAUGCCUCAGACGAUUCCCACAGUGGAAAGUAUAUCAACACCAUCAGUAAGCCCUACUCGGUGACCACAUACGCCAGACCAAACUUGGUGCUAACCCACGGUAAGGGUUCCUACUUGUACGACUUGGAGAACCGUCAAUAUGUCGACUUCACGGCUGGUAUUGCUGUGACCUCUCUUGGGCAUGCCCACGAGGAAAUCAGCAACAUCAUUGCCGAACAAGCAAAGACUUUGCUCCACGUAUCCAACUUGUACUACAACUUGCCAGCUGGAGAGUUGGCCAACAAAUUGAUCACCAAAACCACCCAAUCAGGGGGCAUGAAGAACGCCCAGAGGGUGUUCUUGUGCAACUCCGGAACCGAAGCCAACGAGGCUGCCUUGAAAUUUGCCAGAAAGUACGGAAAGAGUAUCAGCGAUGACAAGGUGGAGUUCAUCACCUUUGAGAACUCAUUCCACGGUCGUACCAUGGGAGCCUUGGCGGUGACGCCAAAUGCCAAAUACCAGGCUCCAUUUGCACCCUUGGUAGCUGGUGUCAACGUGGCAACUGUCGGUGACCUCUCCAGUGUCGAGAAGCUUAUCAGCAAGGAGAAGACGUGCGCAGUCAUCAUAGAGCCAAUUCAGGGUGAAGGAGGAGUGACUCCUGUCGAGGAAGAGUUCCUCGUUGGAUUGAGAAAGUUAUGUGACGACAACGAUGUGUUGUUGAUCUACGACGAAAUCCAGUGUGGUUUGGGAAGAACGGGCAAGUUGUGGGCCCAUUCUCAUUUCGAGUCCGAAGCAGCCAACCCUGAUAUUUUGACAACCGCAAAGGCAUUGGGAAACGGUUUCCCAAUUGGAGCUACCAUCAUUACAGAAAAGGUCGAAAAGGUGUUAUCUGUGGGGGACCACGGCACCACCUACGGUGGUAACCCAUUGGGCUCCAAGAUUGGCUCCUAUGUCAUCGAUCAGCUUUCAGACCCCGAGUUUUUGUCCCAGGUCGAAGACAAGUCAGAAAAGAUAGUCAAGGGCCUCACCAAAAUCGCAGAAAAGUACCCAGAACACGUCAAUGCAGUCAAGGGUAAGGGUUUGUUGUUGGGCUUGCAAUUCAAGGACAACGUUCAGGCUGGCGACAUUGUCAACAAGUGUAGAGAACAUGGAUUAUUAGUGAUAACUGCUGGGUUAAAUGUGGUCAGAAUCGUUCCCGCAUUAAAUAUUCCUUCCGAUGCUAUCGAGGAAGGAUUAAACAUUCUCUCCAAGAGUGUGGAUGAGGUAAUUAAUUAG